AUGUUUCAGUUAGAGCGCUCAGAAGACACUGGGACGGAGGAGGCAGCCUCGCGAAGCUCUUCAAACGCCACGAGCUUUACGAGAUGCUGCGAAGAUUCUGCUCCCGGUCCAUCACCCCCACCUCUUCCGGCCAUCCUUUCUCUGCAGUCUCACGUUGUACGCAGCUGCGUUGGUGGUGCAGCAUUCACUUUCCCGCUGCAACGUCAGGGCUUUCAAGUCGGCUGCAUAUACACCACGCAAUUCGUAGACAUGUAUGUGCAUGAAGGUACAGUUCUAUCGCCGCAUGCUUUGCGUACGCUUCUUGAAGGGGUAUCGCCGACGCCAGCAUCUCUUCGUCGAAUGCAUGAGAAGGAUGACAACUUCCUGGGCUCAGGGCACGCGGAUAAUGGAGGAGCCGCUGAACAUGACCGACAGCCACAGGUCACCAGCACUCGCAUGCAUAGCGCUGCGGAGGAGACAAAGAGCUCCGAUGCUGCCACUCCGCAGUCCACAGAAGGAAACAAACGGGCACUCCGAGGUUGGUCUACACGGCCACACGAUUACAUUGCGUCGGGUUUCAUUGGCAGUCGGCCACUCAUUUCCGAGUUUUCUCGCUGGCUGAGCAGUCUUCGCGACUUGUACGCAAGGGAAAACUGCACUUGUCCUCUCUAUCUCUGUGACCCCGUGCUUGGCGACGGUGGGCAUGUGUAUGUUCCUCGAGAAUGCCUUCCACUCUAUGCUCGCCUUCUUCUGCCUCUCUCAGACAUCAUCACGCCGAACCACUGGGAGGCCAUGUGGCUAGCUGGUUACGCCCGGCAGUCUGCCGCAAAUCCAUCCACUUCACCAGACUCUAUGCGGGAGGGAGAGCCUUUUAAAGAGGGGAUUGCGCCGGAGCACGCGAAGGUUCCCGCGGCUGAAAACGCGGGAACCGGCUGGCAACCCUUCACGAAUUCUGGGGACCAAGGCGGGGUUCAGCUGGCGGGUGAGCCGAGGACAAUUUCAGACGCGCUGCUCCUGGUGAACCAGCUUCACGCGCUUGGCCCCGAAAUUGUCAUCAUCACUUCGGCGGCGCUCCGACACACACUCGAUCUUCAUGGACGUGCGAGCGAAUGCAUCGACGUUGUCGGCAGCUGCGUUGCAAUGGACGCUGCUCCUGUUCAUCGGGCAGUACGGAUUCAGCGGCCGUGGACAACGGCCUUCCCAUCUGCUUGA